GACAGCGCAAAACGAAACCUCCACCACACACAGACUAAGCUCAAAUACUGCUUGGCGUGGCCAUUAGUGAGGUUCGAUUCGAACAAGGCCCAAAUGUUCAUUCUUCAAAGAAUGGUGAGCACUCACUCCCUAUUCGCUGUCUCAGCUUUCGUCUCAGCCCCCAUCUUAAACAAGUCUUCUUUACACUCCAAUCUAAAUCGCUUUGCAUGGCCGAAGUUCGAGUUCAGUGCUUUGGCUCUUUACAAGAGUAGAAAUAAACUCUCCACCUCUACGGCCGUCGCCACCGAUUCUGCGUCCCAGACCUUGGUUUCUGGCCAGAACGAGUCACUGGAAAAUGGCUCUGCUGACAAACUUGUCGUUCUUCCCACCAACGAGUCGUCUGAGAAGCUUCUCAUGAUUCGCCACACGUGUGCUCAUGUAAUGGCCAUGGCGGUCCAGAAGCUUUUCCCAGAUGCAAAAGUUACGAUUGGGCCAUGGAUAGAUAAUGGGUUUUAUUAUGAUUUUGAUAUGGAGCCAUUAACUGACAAAGACUUGAAAAAGAUUAAGAAGGAGAUGGAUCGCAUUAUUGCUAGAAAUUUGCCACUUGUCAGAGAAGAAGUUUCAAGGGAUGAGGCACAUAGCAGAAUAAAGGCUCUCAAUGAACCAUAUAAAUUGGAAAUUUUAGACAGUAUUAAAGAAGAACCAAUUACGAUCUACCACAUUGGUGGUGAGUGGUGGGACCUUUGUGCUGGACCUCACGUCCCAUCAACUGGGAUAAUUAACAGAAGAGCUGUUGAACUUGAAUCGGUUGCUGGUGCUUACUGGCGAGGAGAUGAAAAUAAACCGAUGCUUCAAAGGAUCUAUGGCACGGCAUGGGAAAAUGAAGAGCAAUUGAAGGCUUAUCUUCACUUCAAAGAGGAGGCUAAACGUAGGGAUCACAGACGUCUUGGUCAAGAACUUGAUCUCUUCUCUAUACAGAAUGACGCAGGAGGGGGCUUAGUGUUUUGGCAUCCCAAAGGUGCUAUUGUAAGGAACACUAUUGAAGAUUUGUGGAGAAAAAUACACAUAGAACGUGGUUAUGAUCUACUCUAUACUCCACAUGUAGCAAAAGCAGAUCUUUGGCAGAUUAGUGGCCAUAUAGACUUUUAUAGAGAGAAUAUGUAUGAUCAGAUGAACAUCGAAGAUGAACUUUAUCAACUUCGACCAAUGAACUGCCCUUACCAUAUCUUGAUAUACAAAAGAAAGCAACACUCUUAUCAGGAUUUUCCUAUUCGAGUUGCAGAGUUGGGAACAGUAUACAGAUAUGAAUUAUCUGGUAGUUUGCAUGGCCUUUUUCGUGUAAGAGGGUUCACUCAGGAUGAUGCACAUAUAUUCUGUUUAAGUGACCAAAUCAAAGAUGAGAUCAGGGGUGUCCUGGAUCUUACGGAGGAAAUGCUACUGCAAUUUGGAUUUAGUAAGUAUGAGGUGAAUCUUUCCACAAGGCCAGAGAAGUCCGUAGGAGAUGAUAAUAUAUGGGAUAAGGCAACUUCUGCCCUAAAAGAUGCUUUAGAUGACAAGGGUUGGAGCUAUGAAAUCGAUGAAGGUGGUGGUGCCUUUUAUGGACCUAAGAUUGAUCUUAAGAUUGAGGAUGCUCUGGGAAGGAGGUGGCAGUGCUCAACCAUUCAGGUUGAUUUUAACCUACCACAACGAUUUGACAUCACAUAUGUUGACUCCAACUCAGAAAAGAAGCGGCCUAUCAUGAUCCACAGAGCUGUGCUCGGUUCCUUGGAACGAUUUUUCGGAGUCCUCAUAGAGCAUUAUGCUGGGGAUUUUCCACUGUGGCUUUCUCCAAUCCAGGCUCGAAUUUUGCCAGUUACUGAUAAACAGCUUGAAUACUGCAACGAAGUAGUCAAGAAACUGAAAGCAAACGGAAUUCGAGCUGAAGUUUGCCACGGUGAGCGGCUGGCUAAGCUCAUAAGAAAUGCUGAAACUCAGAAGAUUCCCCUAAUGGCAGUUGUGGGAGCCAAGGAACUUGAUACAGGUACCCUUACAAUAAGAACAAGGUUUGUCGGAGAUAUUGGCACCGUGACAGUUGAAGAUUUUAUCAGCAAAACGAAGUCUGCCAUCGAAAACAGAACAACCUUUUGAGGUUCUUGCUCAACCUGAAUGUAUUGGAAAAAGUAAAGAGCAAUUUUAUUGCAUUGAUUUUAUAGUUGAGCUAGAAAAUUACUUUUUAAUUUAUACAGGUUCACUCGUCCUUAGAAAGAAUUGUCACAUAAAGGAUAUUGUUUUAUGUACAGUUGAAAAAGAGAAAACAUGUAUAUUCGGAA